UCUGAUUGGCUAAGAAAAGAGCAAUUCAGUCGCUGAUUGGCUGUAGCGUCACCGGCGUUGCUGUCAACACCAGAAAAACAUGGCGGCUCCCGUGAGCGGCAUGGCUGGAUCCACCAGCAUAGGCAACGCAACUAGUUUUCAGAAAAAAACCCGAAGAAAACUAGUUUCUAUCCUUGGUACACGACCGUCUGUACAGAACGGACAGCUCUUAGUAUCGUCUGGCGUCAGCUCGCUUGACUACGUGAUUGGUGGAGGCCUGGCAGUUGGAACUCUGCUGCUUGUAGAGGAGGACCGCUAUGACAGCUACUCCCGCAUGCUGCUCAAGUACUUCCUGGCGGAGGGAGUUGUGUGCGGACAUGAACUCUUCCUGGCAUCCGCCCGAGAUCACCCUGAUGAGAUCGUGCAGGAACUCCCUUCUCCAAUUGUGGAUGAUGUUGCCGGCAUGAAAAUCAGCGAGGGUCAGUCUCAGCCAAGUGACCCAGAGAAUCCAGACACAAUGAAAAUCGCCUGGCGCUACCAGAACCAACCAAGAGUUCAGUAUAUUUUAUUCUUGUCAUGUUCUUUCAGUCCGUUACCAGUACCCUAUCAUGCUCUCCUGAAGUCUAUCCAGACGGUCAUCCGGAAAGAAGGGUUUGACGGAUCCACACCACAGUCUAAGGUUCGGAAUGUCCUGCGGCUGGGUCUUCAUUCUCUGGGGUCAGUGCUCUGGGGGGAUGAUGUGUGCUGUAAGGAUAACCCCGCCCACUGCCACGCCCUCACCACAUUUCUCUACGCCCUCCGAGGCCUUUUACGCACUUCACUCUCAGUCGCUAUGGUGACCGUACCCUCCCACCUCAUACAGAACAGAGCCGUAAUGGGACGAAUAAUCAGACUGAGUGACACAGCCAUUGCUCUGGAAUCAUUCAGAGGCUCGGAGAAGGAGACCAACCCACUUUACAAAGACCAUCACGGUCUCCUGCAUGUUCGUCAGUUGCCGCGUCUGAACUGUCUGUCUUGUGAGGUCCCCGAUACGAAGGACUUGGCCUUCAAACUCAAGAGAAAGCAGUUCACAAUUGAGAGACUGCAUUUGCCUCCAGACCUGUCAGAGACGGUGAGUCGAGUGAGUAAAACAGAACUGGCAGCAGGAUGUGGCAGCACUGCCACGGGCAACAAGCACCUAGAUUUCUAGCGUAUUCCCAUUCCUCCUGCACGCUGCACCCCCCGUGAUGUUCAAGGGCAGGAGAGCGCUGGAGCUGCACUACGCCAGCACUAAUUUACGGUCACACCUGCACUGACACACUUACUCUCAUGAUUAGUGAAUGAGAUUAAGAUGGAGCAGCGUUUAGUAACUACACAACAUGGAGAAGCAUACAACACGAUAUUCAGUGUCAUAAACACCUAGCAAGUACCUGUUGCUUUCUUUGGAUAAAACGAGAAUGUGACGCAAAUAACGAUGACGUAGUUUGACUGCCAGUGUCUUUUCAGUGCACGUCAUGGCUUCCUGAUGUUUAUUAGCUUAGUUAGCUAAUAAAUAUUGGGUGUCUAUAAAGUUUCAACCAAAAAUGUAAACAAUGUCAUGUUUUUAUUCACGUUCAAAAAAAGGUUUGUGGCCGAAAACAUUUUUGCCGCCCCCUUUUUCAACCUGGUUGAUUAUUUCUGGUUCGUAAUGUUGUUCUGUUCAGGAUGUAAUUAAAUAAAGCAGAAAUAUAUAUAAAAAUAGGACUUGACACAUCGUUUCUUUCUUUUGCUUAGUGUU